AUGGAGAACCGACCUCGUCAACAGACCUCCGGGCAUGACUGUUCGUUGGGUACCGGGGAUAAUCUUUCUUCUCGUCCAGGAAGAGUCGACCUGCUACGGGCACAUAUUUCGCCCACCACGGUGAAGCAGGUGUCGGUGAAUCACGAACGCAAGGUGGUGGGAUCCUCUUCAUCAAGAAGUGCAGUAUGGGGUAUUUCUCCUGAUGGCAGUAACGCCUUUGAGUCAAAGAACUUCGGACUGGAAGGGGAUUCCAACCACACGGUAGAGCAUGAAGUGAUCAAGGAAGAAGAUUCUCAAAAGAAGAGCCCGUUUUCCUGUGGAAGCGCUCCAAGGGUCGUUGACAGCCCAGGCGCGUCAGUUGUUUCACGGGAAGGUCGUGUUGGCCCGCCAUCUGAUGGCUCGGCGGUUGUGAGUGGUGACGACGAGACAGAUGCCACCAACAGUGAAGACGGAACGGAAGACGAAAUCGUCAGUGAGGAAGGCCGGCGUACGGAAGAUGAGGGAGAUGUCACCAGUCGGAGCGACCAGGUACCUUGCACGCCCCCGCCAAUGUGGGUGCCUGAAGUGCUGUCAGACGAGUCCGAAGAGACACCUCUGAGAAGGGUGGGAGAGGAGAGACACGUUAGCGACAGCUCAUCGGGCGGAGAUGGUUAUCUGAGGGGAACCAGGCAAGGCAGAGUUAGGCCCCAUGCCGUACCUCCCCUGUUUCACACUCCUUCGCAUUUCACCCCUGUGCGGGCCACAUCGAGUCGCCUCAUUUCCUUGUCGUCCGACUCAGAGCGGAUGCACCGGAUGGCGCAGAAGGUACAGACACAGCCUGAGAUGAAACCGAAGGAACUGGAUAAGGAGGCCAAACGAAAGCAAGAGCAGUUAAGAUCGAGCAAAGGCGACAAUAAAGGGAUUUUCAAAGGACUUCUUCGACAGCUCACGCGUGGAUAUACAGGGGUGGCUCAUCUCUUCGAUGGGCUGGCCUCUGAUUUCAAGCCCCACACGGAGAACGAGGGAUCCAGCUCGAAUGAUGUUCUGACUGAAGAACGCACUGUGCAGCCAAGCAGCGCCGUGGUGAGUGAUAAGAGAGUAACAGGAAAUGGAACUGGAGUGGAACGUUUUAAGCCUCGUGUGCGGCACAGGUUGUCUCAAGAAUGCCGUCCCAGCUUUCCAGAGAAACCGGACGAAGAAACAAACCUUUCGACCACCCUUCCAACGAAACUCAAAUCGUUAUUCUCCUUCGCGUCUUCGCAUUGGAACCAUGCAUCACCUGGUGAGGGAGAAGCGACGGAGGCGGCGGGGGCGUCGGUGUCUGGUUCGUCUUCUUUUUUAGCUGCCAACGCAAACCAUUCUCCAAGUAUGUUGGAUGCCUACGGUAGACCGCCGCAAAAGAGGACACAGAGACGAUCUUUCUUCGGAUCGGUUGCCGCUGCGGCGAGCAAUGCCUUUGCUGAGGCAGGCGCGGUCGCUGCAGCAGCUGCUGAGGCAGUGGCUGCCGUCGGACAAAGCAGCUCAGAUAGCAGCGGCGACUCGAGUUCUGAAAGUGAUCACUCUGGUCGGGAGCGAUCGCGGGCUUUUCGGGGGAAAGGAGGAGGAUCAAAUGAGAUAACUACGAUGCGCUCUCAGCGGUCGGCUGGACAUCUGUCUUUUUCGCGUGAGCCAGAGCGCGAGAGCGACCAGGGGGAGAUGACGCCGACUGGAGAGACGUCUGGCAGCGAGAGUGAGCUCGAUCAAGUGAUUCUCACAGAACACGCUACCCCUUUCAACUUUGUUUUGUGGGCAACACGAGAAGCGGCAGCGUCUCUGCAGCGCCCUCUUCUUUCAGGCCCACCGGAGGAGGAAGCCGGUAACGCCGAAGAACUGCGGAGCACUGAGAAUGCCAUACACAGACGAGAACUCCAGCGGUUGGGUCGGUUGCGAGCCGUUGCGCUUCGCCUCUUGUUACUGAUCUGUGAAGAUGACAGCUGGUGUCAGGAUGGAACUACACGACAGUCUGCUCACAAAGGUGCGAAUGAUGGUGCCCGAAGGCGUUUCCCUCCCAUCGUUCAGGGAGUCAGGGGAAGGAGGCGUUCCGACAGAGACACAGAGUCGCCACCGACAGAGGCGACACAAGAUAGUGAGGAGGUUGACAGGUUGUGGAGUCAAUGGAUCAAUGGAUCUCCGGAGACGGAAGGAGGUGAAGACGCAGACCGGAAACAGGAAGAGAAACGGUUACAAGGUCGCGGGGUUUCGAGGUCGAGAUACAUGUGGAAAGCGGCCAACCGCAUGCUGAGUGUCGACCGCCGUCUCCGCAAGCUGCAUUCCGACACCGCUGUGCGACGAAUGGGGGAAACGGAAUUUUGGAAGUUGUACUUCUACCAGGUGUUUUUACUGAUGAAUCGCUUCGACCGCCAAGCGCACAAGGUCCUUCGAUCCCUGUCGUGUUCGUUUACCCUUACAACAGGAGAGGGCGGGGACGAGAACCAGCCCCAGGAGGUAGCUCACGAUGUUCUCAGCCAGACAUCGGGAUUUACUGAGUCCGACACGAGUUCGCCCUCUCCUUCCUACGGAUUUGCGAGCUCUCCAUGUACCUCUGCACGUCUCAUUAUUCCUCCUACUGGCUUACCAGACAACACGGAAGAGGGAGAGCCUCUCAGUUUUGGCGGGGUCUCUCUAGAACCGAAGGACGAGGAAGCGCCUGAACAAGUUCGGCAGGACGGUCUCGGGGCUCUGGCAUACGCAAUUUUCUCGUCUUCUCGCUCUCCUUCGCUUUCAUCUUCUUCUUCAGGGACGACGUCGGUUUCCGCCCGAGGCACUGGCUCGUCUUUCUCACGAGACGUCGGCGAGUCUCCGUUGCUGGUGCCGCGGGACUCUCACCGAUCGGGAGUGGGAAGCGAAACGUACUCCGCUGGUGGAGACUCACCCGCGCUGCGAGAGAAAGUCAUUUCCGAGAACGCAGGGUGCCUUCCGCUGGGAAGAGCACCGUCUCAGCCCACUUACACCGUCUCUUCAGUGUCCAGCAAUCCCGCAUAUCUGGAACCGGCAUCCAGAAGAGGCAGCUUUUCUGUGGUACCUGUAAGUGGUCGUCGACUCCGUGAUGCUCUUUUCGCGAAGAGAGUUUCCUCUUCAUCGCAAGUAAAUGGCCGAAUUUCAACUAGUCGAGGGACAAUGGGGGAGGACAGACACCAAGACCAACAGGGAGAUAAUCGGCUGGAAGGGCCGAGCCAUUUGUCAGCGCACAAUUCUCUCUACCAGCUGGGCAGUCGCUCAGGAAACUGUGUUCAGAUAAAGGUGAAGGAGCUGAAGGAAUUAGAUGGAACAUGCGGAGACACUCACCAGCCUGGAUUAGCUUGCAAAGGGAAGGAAGUUCAGGGAGCUCGGGCGUGAAGCAGGCCCUCUCACAAGAAGCGAGAGGGGCUUUGUAAAGAUACGGUGUUACUAGGACCGAAUGCUUUCGCUGUAAGCAGCGUCGACAAAUAAUAGCACGACCCACCGACAUUAUCGCUACAGGUAUGCGUGGCUGUGUAUCUGUGGUUCUGUUGAAAAAGACAAAAAUGAAGAUGACAGGUGGAACCGGAACACACUGGAUUUCGUUUUGGGAGUGAGGUACUACGAGACAAGCACAUUCCUGUACUCCUUGAGACAGGAUUUACUUUUUGUGUUCUAUGCAGUGCUCGGAAUAUCGUUUUCACGUGUU